UCGCCAUUUAGCGCAUUUUGUCAUCGAUCCAUUCCUUCGGUUUCGUCUCGAUAACCCCUCAGGCUCAGCCAACACCCACAUAGGGAUCAUUCACUUACAGUUCCCAUGGUCAUCGUGAAAACGAAAGGGGAGAGCAGCCUCUCCGUGCGGCCGGGUGUUCUGCCAAUACGCGCAUCCCAGUCCGACGGGUCAAUACCGACGUUACGGGUCGACGUUGAGCAGACGCGCGCCACAGGCUCCGACCCGUUUUCCUUCCGCGAUGGUCUGAAGACGGACGAGGAGCUCGCGAGUCUGCGCAAGCGCAAGGCGGGCAAGCAUCUCGAGCGGUAUCACCGCAAGCAGAAUGAUCUCAUUGCCUCCAUGCUGAAGAGCAUGGACGAGCACACGGAGGAAGCGAGGGAUAAAGAGGAGACUGCGCGGAUGCCUGUUAAAAUCGCUGUCUGGGCGAGUCUCAUCGGUAAUUUCUUCCUGUGCAUCCUCCAGCUCUAUGCCGCCAUCACCUCUGCUUCGCUCUCCCUUAUCACUACCUCCGUCGACUCUGUUUUCGACUUUGGGAGCAAUGUCGUCCUCUACUGGCUGCAUAAGCGUGCCUUGGCACUGGAUAUGAAUAAGUGGCCUGUCGGUGGGUCAAGGUUGGAGACGAUCGGGAAUAUCGUAUAUGGAUUCAUGAUGAGCGCGGUCAACCUGGUGCUGGUUGUCGAGUCGGUGCAGCAGUUCAUCGAGCACGACACCGGUGACGAUACGGACACUUUCCAUAUUCCGUCUAUCGUCGCGGUCGGCGCUGCGCUAGGCGUGAAGUUUCUACUGUUCCUGUACUGCAGCGGCCUUCGGAAGCAGUCGAGCCAGGUGCACGUGCUAUGGGAAGACCACCGCAACGACCUGUUUGUCAACGGAUUCGGUCUGCUCAUGUCUGCAGGCGGGAGCAAAUGGAUUUGGUUCCUUGACCCCUUGGGCGCGCUCAUCCUCGCCAUCGGCAUCCUACUCGCAUGGGGCAGGACGAUUUACAAGCAGUUCGAGCUGCUCGCGGGGAAGUCCGCACCGCAUGAUUUCAUCCAGCUGCUCAUCUACAAGGUGGUGACGUUCAGCGAUGAGAUCGAGAAAGUGGACACGGUGCGGGCAUACCACAGCGGACCGAGCUACUUUGUCGAGAUCGAUAUUGUGAUGGACGCGAACACUCCGCUUUGGAAGGCGCACGAUAUCAGCCAGCAGCUGCAGGACAAGAUUGAGGUGCUGCCGAACGUCGAGCGCGCGUUUGUGCACGUCGACCAUGAGACGACGCAUGCGCCUGAACACCGCAAGAAUGUCUAAACGGGAGAUUCAUUAUACUUGGUACAUCAGUAGAUUAGGAAAACGCCUCUCUGCAUAGACCUACCGAUGCUAUUCAAUUAGUGGCCAAAGUAGGCCCUUAUGUUAUUAAAAACUGACUCUCUUCAUUGACCUACCGAUGCUCGUCAAUUAGUGGCCAAGAUAGGCCCUUAUCUAUUUUUAAAAGAAGCUCGCAG